AUGGAUAAGGGGGCCGGCAAUGUAUGUUGGGCAUCGGUCAUCGAUGGAGUCCUGAUCGAAAUCUUCUCCAAGCUAGACUUUGAUUCGCUGAUAUCGGCCGCAAGCGUGUGCCAUUCGUGGCGCUGCGUGGCUCAUUAUCCAGAGUGCUGGGAUUGUGUCCACUUCAAUCAUUAUGAAAGAUUUUUAGACAACUACAUCAAAGAAACUGCAAUACCUACUGUUAAUCGAGAGAGGACGUUCAGGGAGUCUGAAUACAUGAUAAGGCAUGUUGGAGCCGGAGCCAAGUCAAUCUGUGUCCGCCGCAUUGCUGAUGACACAACGGUCAUGAUGAUUGCGGACAGAUGCCCGUCAAUUGAGUCAAUCUCCCUUCGAGAUACAGAUCGAAUCUCACCAGCUGCUCUUCUCAAUCUAAUCCGCACUUCCAAGCACCUGAAACUCAUCGACGUUAAGUUCUGCAAGGCUGUUUCCGCCUCAUUAAUCGAAGAAAUGGGUCAAUCUUGUCCAAGCAUAGUGGGCCUCAAUUUGGGCCAUCAACGUGUAACAGAAGAUAUGGCAACAGCGAUCGGAAAAUUCAUGCCAAAACUCAAGUGGCUCAACCUCAACAAUGCCACUAUAUCUUCUGAAGUUCUAUAUAAGAUCCUAGACUCGUGCACUGAGCUAGACCACGUUAGCGUCAUACGGUGCCGUAAACUGAUCAUGAACGACGAGCUCAAGAACAGGUCCAGUAGAAUUGAAGAGUUCAAGUACUCCCCUCUGUAUAUUUGCCGAUCAGGGGCGGCUCAACAUUUUCGGAGGCCUUAGGCAAGUCAUAAAAAUAAGCCCUUUUAGUUUAAAAAAUAAAUAAAUAAAAAUAAUAAAUUCAAAAUUAAACAAAAAAUUUGCUUCUUGCCUUUUUAGAAUUUAAUUUAUAAA